AUGUUUUACGCAAACUUUAUCCUGUCGAAGAAGGGCCCGUUGGCUCGUGUCUGGCUUGCUGCUCAUUGGGAGAAGAAAUUAAGCAAGGCUCACGUGUUUGAGACAGACGUGGAAACUUCAGUUGAAAGCAUCAUGUCUCCGAAAGUGAAAAUGGCCUUACGAACCUCAGGGCAUCUUCUCCUGGGUGUCGUUAGGAUCUACUCCAGAAAAGCAAAGUACUUGCUUGCUGAUUGUACCGAGGCUUUUGUAAAAAUCAAGAUGGCGUUUAGACCAGGUGUUGUAGAUCUGCCAGAAGAAAGCAGAGAGGCUGCUAUGUCUGCAGUUACACUACCAGAGGUUUUCAAUGAUUUUGAUUUGCCUUUACCUGGUCUAAAGUAAGUAUGGUUAAUUCAGCAUCGAACAAUACUAGUUCUGCAAGUGUUGUACGUUCUGCAACUGUCUUCAAUUUGUCUUGACCAUGUAGCUCAGUUGGUAGAGCAUCAAUCUAGUUGGCAGGGCUCGAAAUAACGUUCCCAACGUUCCCGAUCACGGUGAUCGGCAAUCACGACUUUUUGCCGAUCAAAUAAAAAUUUGGCCGAUCAGGAGCAUUUGCCCUCAUUUCCUUGAAAAAGUUGUAAAUAUGCCAGUAAAUACACAUCUGAACAGGAACUGUUUAACUUCAUUUCAAAUUCGAGUUUAAAUAAUUAAAUCUAUGACAUUUGUGGACUUAUAUAAUUACAAUAUUGACAAUACUAAUAGUGUAACUACACUUAACAUGUUGCAGUUAUUAAUAAACUUUAGUUUAUUAUAACACUUUUCAAGUUUUAAUUAUAGUAUUGCAUUUUUUCACACAAAAGCAAGAAACACAGCAGCAUUAUCAAUUAAGAACUAAAACUUAUUAUUUAAUAUUAAAAGAGAAAAUACUACUAAAAAUAAAAAGUACUAAAAAAAUCCUAUCAAUUUGAAAUUAUUAUGACAAAGACCAAAGACGUUCGUCGUUAGUGGUUCGGAUUGCAGACUGUUGAAGAGACGACAAUACUUCAUAGCAUUGCGGCCUGUUGUAUGACUCGUAUCAACUAAACAAGAGUUUUUCGCGUGUUUUUGAAUGUGUUUCAUAUUAUUUUUAUUUGUCUUUUACCGCGUACAGGUACUGUAAGCAUGUCUUUCAGACAAUGCAGGUCAAAUAUAUUCUUGCCGAUCAAGAUGAACGGCAACGUUGCUUCUUCGCCGAUCAAAAACAAUUUCCUGCCGAUCAUUGAUCGUUGAUCGGCCGUUAUUUCGAGCCCUGAGUUGGCAAUAAGAAAGUUACAGGUUCGAAACCCAGAAGUGGUAGGCAGCAUUUUCUGCUUGAGUGCUGUCUGGAAAUUAUGAUAUAUCUCACUCGAGAACAUUUUCUCCUUAUCAUAAUACCAAGUGAAUAAUAACACAAAAUAAUAUAGUAUUUGUAGUAUAAGGUUGUAUGCCACUUUUUCUCAGUUUUAUAUGCGUUAAUUUAGUCUACUACAAACUAUACACCUGACAUUAAUACAACAUGCAAUAUCCUGUGAAAAUGCUCACAGCCAGUUUGAUGUUUUAGUGAUUUUGAUAUCCAAGUGCAGUUCAAUCUGAACCAAUGCCGUGCAGAAGAAAUAACAAUGAAAGAAGAUUUCAUCAUAAUGCAUGCCUUUGAAGACGAGGGAUUUGGAGACACUCCAUUCGGAGCUAGCGAUGAGAAAGAAGUCCUUCGAGGCGGCUCUGCUUUGGAUGAUUCCUCCUUCAUACGCUCAAAAGAUCAAUCCAAUAUACUGUUGGACGAGUCUAAUGUCAAAGAUGGUUCGACGGUAUCUGAUAAGCAAAAACUAGGUACAUAUGAACAUUUAAACAUUUUGUUUAAAUUUGGAUUGAGGAUUGAAAUUUAAAUUGAAAUUUAAAUUUAAAUUUGGAUUGAGGUUUUUCCACAAACAUCGAUCUUUGAAUUGUCUAAUUAUGAAAGGGGUGCAUCGCAGUAUGAGUAAUGGGUUAAGUUGUCCAAAAUAAUUCCAAUACCUUUUCAAAUGUUUGUUUGGUACAGUUUUGAAUCCACAUCAAAAUCUGAGGUUACACCAAAAUCUUUGCCAGAUGUUUUCCACAAAAACAAAAAUUAUUUAUCAAACAAAUGUGCAAGGAACUUGAUAUAAGAAAUAUUUUGUGUGGAAAACAUUUUCUAGCAUAACAUUUUCUAGCAUAACACUCCCCCCAAAAUCAAGUUACCUAACAGCAAAACUUGUUUUUCAUUAGUCUUCUAUCUUUCCCCAAAACCAAUCUUAUUUUAUAAAGUCAACAUAAACAACAGAUUAAACAUUUUUUUCGUUUUUACCCAGGCUUACAACCAGAUGAUCCGCUAAACAAUGAUCUAUUUGGCGGUUUGCUUGGGGGUGAUGGUUUUGGAGAUGAGUUUGGCGAAGGUGUGUUGCCACCAUUGGAAGAGCUUCCACCUCUCGCUGCUUAUGACACAUUGGAUCCAAUCAAGGAGGCUGAGACUAAAGAUGAUGGUGUAGAGAAGAUGGAGACGGAUGAGGCUCCUGAGGAAAAAAAGACCACAGAGGAAGCCGAGGAUUCCCCUGAGCUUGCAGGUAAGAUACUUAAGGAAACGACGUUAUCAACACGGACGUCAGAUUGCCGGGGCGGGGACAGGAUUAAAAACAGUUUGUGGUAAUCUUCAUCACAUUUGCUUUCUUACACAAGCCAAAAUUAGCUAUACCAAUUUUCGGUUGUUCAAAGCUGGAGGGCAGAAUUGAUACUUCAAGUACUAAACAAAGUAACCGGCGGUAAACCUCGUGCUACCCGCCGGGUUAUUUUGAAAGCCCUGUUAACCUAGGGUUAAGCUGAUCCAGCUUUGAAAAACUGGCCCUAGAAAAACUUCCGAGCCCUAACGGGAAUCGAACCACGUGUAACCUGAUAACCGGACAGACACUCUAACCACAUGGGGCUUCGGUGACGUAAUCGCCAGAGCAAGCAGGUUUCACCUCUUGAGAUCGUGGGUUCGAUUCUCGCUACGGACUCGUGCAUGGCACUUAAUGUGAAAAGAGUCGGUCAACGCUCCACCGAAAGUCGUGGGUUUUCUCCGGUUUCCUCCCACAGGGAAUAGGGACCUUUCGCUAGCAGGACGGCGACGGCUAUUAAUACAAUGAAAUUUAUGACAGUGUAGAAAGAAAAUGCAUAAUUAAAUGUCCCAUGGGAGUUUUAGACGUCGUCCUUGCUCUGUUUACAACAGCAAACCAAAGAUUUUCACGUUUUGUACACAACGUCUGCCUUUCAAGCCGCGAGAAGUCGUCCCGCCAAAUUGGAUUAGUAGAAAUCUUCUCAACUAUAAACCUCUGUCUUAACCUUCUUAAAUUGCAAUAAAUUCAUACAACGGAUAAUACAAAACAUGUUGAUCUUAAAGUUACUCAUUCGAAUGAGUUUAUUUUGGCCGUCGUCGUCGCGUUGCCGUCACCUAUUUGCUAAAGGUCCCUAAUGUUGACAGGGAGGGUUGGGAUUAUCGCCGUAACUGACCCUUCCAUCGUGGCCGUGAUCAGACAUGAGUCACAAGGUGGCUGACAUAGGCGCCCUUAGAAAGUCUUGACUCGAUCAGGUUGAGCUGCGUCCCUCGUAAUUCAGUUUAAUAGCUCUCAGCUGCAAGUAAGUAUAGGUUAUUUUGAGGCAACGAGGGGAUAUGUGAUUUAUUCACCGAGGCGCGCAGCGCCGAGGUGAAUAAACACAUAUCCCCGAGGUGCCUCAAAAUAACGUACUUAUUUUUCACACUGCGAGGUCGCGUUAAUGAGUCAGAAAAGAAAUAAUUCUUAAUGCCAUUUUGCCUUCGCGAUGUUGUUUUUUCUCAUUUUUUGUGCUGCAAAGAUAUUGCAGGUGAAUAUUAGAGGGGAUUAUUAAUUGCAGGUGAAUAUUAGAGGGGAUUAUUAAACGGAAAUUGAUUAGAGUGGAAUAUUGAAUAUAUUCCCCGACAAGAACAAAGGAAACCGAGCAGGGUGAAAAAUAAGGAUGAUUAGCACACCCCACUUACUUAACCAUUCUUUCUUUCUAUAUUCAAGCUGGCGAGGUUGGUAUUGGCAAUGAAACCACCAUUGUUCAAAACAACGAAGAAGCCUUUGUCCUGGAGCCUAUUGAAGUGGUGGGCAAAGAAAAACGAAGCAAACGAAAAAGAAAACUUAUUGUGGACGAUGAAAAAAUCCUAUCUAGUAGCGCGAUCAGUAGCCAACUUGCGGACACAGAAGACAUUGUUAAACCCGCGACUUUGGCGCCGCCGACUAAACUGAGAAUGAGGCUCAAGAAUACCUCCUCCACAGAUAAACUUUUCUAUAAUCCCACACUGGAAAAUAUAGCACCCCAGCUUCAUAAAGCUAUCGUUCAAAAUUUGACGGCAAAAAUCGUUGAUGCUCCUGAACCAGAAGAAGGCGAGGAGAAAAUGGAAUUGGAGGAGAUCCAGAGUCCCAGAGACAAUGAAAACGAAGAGGAAGUAAGUGAUUUCUAGAAUACUUUGAAGUUACUAAGAAAUUAUGCCUUCAAAGAGUGGUCUGAGUGCAUGAUGUGACAGUGUAAAUAUAUUUCAAAGACAUAUAGACCCAUUGCACUGACGUCACAAAUCCUUAGAGUGUCCACAACAACCACAUACAGUGCAAAAAUUAACCAUUUUAAUACAAAAUUAUUCUAAAGUUUUACAAAAUUUGCUUUGUUUACAAAAGUUAUAUAUGCAUAGAUUGCUAAUUUGUCCUCCAGAUGCAUCAUCACCGGCGCUGUGACGUCAUGUGCAAUGGGUCUAUUUCUAACUUAGUUCCAAUGGUAAAUAUUUUUGCUUUGAUUUUGGUUUUAUAGUUCAAUGGUAAGUAUUUUUGGUUCGAUUAGCAGACGCUUAGAAAGUAAAGAUUUCAAGACUGGUUCUUAUCUUGGGGAAAGAUGUUUUAUUGGGAGACAAAUUUCGAGUACGUUGCAGAAGACUGAUAUAGAAGAUAUAAUGCAAUAUAUUUAUUUUUAUGCAGGUUAUUGAGAAGAUCCGAAGUCCUAGUUCACCACGGAAGAGAAGGUCAAAACGGGCUCAUGACAGCAGUGCUUCGCCAUCUAAGGGAGGGCCGGAGAAUCCUGCAGAAGUAACAAAUGAUGUCAAUUUCGAGCAAUUUGGAGGUAUGGAAGAUCCCAUAAUCCCCGAGGAAGAAAGUCGAGUUGACUUCGAGCAAAACGCAGAAGAAAUCCCCGAAUCACAACUCAAUGACGAGCAAGCGAGCGGCGAGAAAUACGAAGAAUUCCAGGCGCGAAGGUGGACCAAACGCACACAGCAACUCAUGCACACGCUAAAACGAGAACUCAAGAGACGGGAAAGCAUCGCACUCGAUGUUCUCAGCAAACAAGAAAGUCGCAAACAAGUCGCAUGCAAGUUCUACAGUUGCUUGUUGUUGAAACGAGACAAUGAAGUCGAAUUGCAACAGAAAGAGGCAUUUGGAAACAUUUACGUUUCGAAAGGGCCUUCUUUUGACACGGUGUAA